UGAUGUCAACAGAUACAGAUGGAGCUGUCGACAUGGAACAGCUAGUCCUUUUUGUUACAAAACGUUGCUUUCGGAAGUAAAUGUAUUUAUUCGACAAUGAGAGCCAUUAUUUGUAAAGUUACGUUGCUGUUUCUUUUGCUGUUAUUUGUUUUGUGCGUGCUUGAGCGAACUGAGAGAGAAGAGUCGCUGGAUCUUCAUGAGAGAGAUGACGGAGCGGAUACUGAACAUAAGGGUACUGGGGCUGAAAACCAGCAAACAUUAAUAAAUCAUGAAGAUGGACCAAGCGAUCAAGAAAAGGAUGGACAAUCUGUCAGCAGCAAGUCAAAUGACACAGAUAACUACAGCAAUGACACCCUCCACUCUACAACACCUGCUGUCAAGCCAACAACUAUGGCACCCCCAACCCCCAAGCCCAUACUGCCCGUGCAGACCGGGGUCAAGGCCCAAGAAGAAGAGCAGUCCAGCGGCAUGACCAUAUUCUUCAGCCUGCUGGUUAUUGGUAUCUGCAUCAUAUUGGUGCACCUCCUUAUUAAAUUCAAGCUACAUUUUCUUCCUGAAAGUGUGGCUGUCGUGUCUCUUGGUAUACUAAUGGGAGGGUUCAUUAAGAUCAUCGAGUUCCAGGAACUGGCCAACUGGAAGGAGGAGGAAAUGUUCCGACCCAACAUGUUCUUCCUGUUGCUACUACCACCUAUCAUCUUUGAAUCAGGAUACUCCUUACAUAAGGGUAACUUCUUCCAGAAUAUUGGCUCCAUUACCCUCUUCGCUGUGAUUGGUACAGCUAUUUCUGCAUUCAUAGUUGGAGGAGGGAUCUACUUCCUUGGACAGGCUGAUGUGAUCUAUAAGAUGACCAUGACUGAUAGCUUUGCCUUUGGUUCACUCAUUUCAGCCGUGGACCCUGUAGCCACUAUUGCCAUCUUCAAUGCGCUCAACGUGGACCCAGUUCUCAACAUGUUGGUGUUUGGUGAGAGCAUCCUCAAUGAUGCCGUCUCCAUUGUCCUCACAAACACUGCAGAGGGCUUCUUUUCCCGUUCAGACAACUCCAUGGUAACUGGCUGGGAGACUUUUUUACAAGCACUGGGUUAUUUCCUCAAGAUGUUUUUUGGUUCAGCUGCCCUGGGAACCCUCACUGGACUCAUCUCUGCUCUUUUUCUAAAACACUUUGACUUAAGGAAAACUCCAUCACUGGAGUUUGGCAUGAUGAUAAUCUUUGCAUACCUUCCAUAUGGUCUGGCUGAAGGCAUCAAACUCUCCGGAAUAAUGUCCAUUCUGUUUUCGGGAAUUGUGAUGUCCCACUAUACUCAUCACAACUUGUCUCCAGUCACCCAGAUCCUCAUGCAGCAGACGCUGCGCACAGUGGCCUUCAUGUGUGAAACCUGUGUGUUUGCUUUCCUCGGUCUCUCCAUCUUCAGCUUCCCUCAUAAAUUUGAAAUAUCUUUCGUUAUCUGGUGCAUAGUCCUCGUUCUUCUCGGCCGAGCAGUUAACAUCUUCCCCCUGUCAUUCCUGCUAAACUUUUUCAGGGAUCAUAAAAUAACACCAAAGAUGAUGUUCAUCAUGUGGUUUAGUGGUCUACGAGGUGCUAUUCCUUACGCCCUGAGCCUUCAUCUUGGCCUGGAGCCCAUUGAGAAGCGCCAGCUUAUUGGCACCACUACCAUCAUCAUUGUACUGUUUACCAUCCUCCUCCUUGGGGGCGGGACUAUGCCUCUCAUCCGUAUCAUGGACAUUGAGGACAGCCAGUCACGGCGUAAGAACAAGAAAGACAUCAAUCUCAGCAAGACAGAGAAAAUGGGUAAUACUAUUGAGUCUGAGCACCUUUCAGAGCUGACAGAGGAGGAGUAUGAGGCUCAGAUCUACCAGAGACAGGAUCUGAAGGGCUUUAUGUGGCUUGAUGCUAAGUACCUUAACCCCUUCUUCACUCGCAGGCUCACCCAAGAGGACCUUUUACACGGCCGGAUCCAGAUGAAAACAUUAACUAACAAGUGGUAUGAAGAGGUACGUCAGGGACCCUCCGGCUCUGAGGAUGAUGAGGAUGAAGCGGAACUUCUGUGAACAGUUUGAAUUCAUGUGAACACAGUGAAUGAGGAUCGUGUGUCUGUGAGAGGAGACAAGUACUGCAUUGUGUCGGUGCUUGUGUUUUUCUUUUUUUUUUUUUUAUAUUCAUUCAUCUGACUCAAAGC